AUGGACGGCGACUUCUCAACGGACUCGGAGGCUGCUACACCGGUGGGUAGCCCCUCUUCCAGCCCUGCCUUCAAAGUAAAAAGAAAGGAAGGAAGCGACUUGUCCCUGGAGGAUAUUCAGGCGAACAUUCUGGCUGCAGUCAACCAGAGAGCUGAUAACCUGGAACUGAUGGAUGAAGAGGACAAUGAUGUAGAACACCCUCUGUCUGAGCUGAAACACUUGUCAGACUCUGAAUAUAAGAAAUGUUCUACAGAGAAGAAAAAAAUUAGGAAAGGCCACACAGAAGUUAAGCUUAGCUGCAAAGACUGUGGCAAAACAUUUAUGAGAAAUUCAGCUUUAAACACACACAUGAGAAUCCAUACAGGAGAGAAGCCUUUCUGUUGUGAUCUGUGUGGACAAAGAUUUAGUCAAAAAGUAAAUUUAAACACACACAUGAGAAUCCACACAGGACAGAAGCCUUUCUGUUGUGAUCUGUGUGGACAAAGAUUUAGCCAGAAAGGAAGUUUAAACAGACACAUGAGAAUCCAUACAGGACAGAAGCCUUUCUGUUGUGAUCUAUGUGGACAAAGAUUUAGCAAGAAAGGAACUUUAAACACACACAUGAGAAUCCAUACAGGACAGAAGCCUUUCUGUUGUGAUCUAUGUGGACAAAGCUUUAGUCGAAAAUCACAUAUAAUCACACACAUGAGAAUCCAUACAGGACAGAAGCCUUUCUGUUGUGAUAUAUGUGGAAAAAGAUUUAGCAAAAAAGGAGAUUUAAACAUACACAUGAGAAUCCACACAGGACAGAAGCCUUUCUGUUGUGAUCUAUGUGGACAAAGAUUUAGCGAGAAAGGAAAUUUAAUCAAACACAUGAGAAUCCAUACAGGACAGAAACCUUUCUGUUGUGAUCUAUGUGGGCAAAGAUUUAGUCAAAAAGUACAUUUAAACAGACACAUGAGAAUCCACACAGGGGAGAAGCCUUUCUGUUGUGAUCUAUGUGGACAAAGAUUUAGCGAGAAAGGAGAUUUAAACAAACACAUGAGAAUCCACACAGGACAGAAGCCUUUCUGUUGUGAUCUAUGUGGACAAAGAUUUAGCGAGAAAGGAAAUUUAAUCAAACACAUGAGAAUCCAUACAGGACAGAAACCUUUCUGUUGUGAUCUAUGUGGACAAAGAUUUAGCGUGAAAGGAAGUUUAAACAGACACAUGAGAAUCCAUACAGGACAGAAGCCUUUCUGUUGUGAUCUAUGUGGACAAAGCUUUAGUCGAAAAUCACAUGUAAUCAGACACAUGAGAAUCCAUACAGAACAGAAGCCUUUCUGUUGUGAUCUAUGUGGAAAAAGAUUUGGCGACAAAUCUAGCUGGAACAAGCACAGAAGAAACCAUACAAUGCAAGAAAUGGCAAGUUUUUUAGUAUAGCACAUUUCAGUACAAGGACAAUGCAAAGGGCUUUACAUGAUUAAAAUGUAGGAAAAUAGAAACAAACAAAUUGGACUACAAUUUUAAAUGAUGUUUCAGUUAACAGUUUAACUAGAACAGACAAAUGCAAUCCUAAACAAAUGUUUAUGAUCUUGAUUUACAGGAACUCUGGCUUUCAAGCACUUUUUACAGUCUUCUGGAGGAUUGUUCCAGUUGGUAGUGUUAAGAUAUCAACUGGGUCAAGAGGAGCUAACUGCUUAGCCCAGAACUGCCUGCCACACUUAGAUAGCACCGGACACAAGGAAAUGACUCAAAUCUACCAGGUAGCGUCUCGGAGGUGACAGUUUCUCUACUGAUGACACAGUUCGGAUGUGUACGGCCCCUGCAUGGGUGUGAAUAUAGCUUGAAGUAUACUUGUCUAUUUCAUGUGUCUUGAUUCCAAAGUAAUAUGUAAGUUGGGAUCGCCUCAAGGGUAAAACGGGCUGGGUCCACCGAAGGUGUUUCACUGCCAACAGGGUGCAGUAGCGCUUAACAGUAGAAUAUAGGAAGUCAACUUUUUACAAACCAAAAUGUGAGUGCUAGAAAACAAGCUUUGUAUCAGGUGGUGUAGCGCAAUGCAAACAGUAAGAAGCUACACUCAAUAGGAAUGGACCUUUUGUCCAUUAGCCAUAAUAUUAUGGCCUGAAAUGUUCACACUGAUUUCUUUUGACUGUACCAUUAGAAAACGUCAUUUAGAUAAGAACUCUUUAGCCUUUAACUUGAAAAUUAAACAGAUCGUACUUGUUGCACACAUUUUUUUUAUUUUGCAUGUGUAUACACAUUGUUCUUUUAAAAACAAAACCUAUGUAACUUUACAGCCCUCAGAUCAAAACCUUUUAACACAAAGCUGAAUGUCAAUAACACUUAGCUGGAACAACUCUACUUCUCAAUAAAACUGUUCCAAUCGGCCAUGACGUUUUUGGAUGAGCCUGUGCUGUCUUUCUCCUGGAUAUUGUCCUUUAACACUUCAGUGUGAAUGACAGACAAAAGGGUUGGGACACACUUUGUAGAGGUGAAAUGUAGGCUGUAGUAGUAUGUCAUCAGAUACAGCAAAGCUUUACCAAGGUUGUCUUUAAUUAUCCUGUAAUGAUUUGUGGGGAGAAGACUAUUUUAGAUAAUAAAAGUAAAGCUAAAGAUUUAGCUCAGCAUUUUGUUAAAGUCCAUAUUUCAAAGAACUGUAGUGGUGAAGAAAGAAGAGCAAGAAGGAAGACAAUAACAAAUAAUGUACAUGUGUUUGAAGAUGUUGAUGAUUAUAAUGAUAUGAUUAAUGCAGAAUUUAUGUUACUGGAGAUGAAAAUUAGAUUGAAUUGGGAUCAAUAUUUAAACUGAGGAGAACUCAAAAUGGGAUGGAAGCAAAGAAUUUCACACAUCCACACAGAGACAGGCUCUUACAGCAGGAUGUUGACGCUGAGCUGUUAUGGAAGUUGUUGCUGAAGCUCAAAUCAGAUGCUGUUGUUGAACCAAUGUGGAUGAUCUGUUUUAGUGUUUCUAUGUAAGAAAAUGAGAUUUGAAUCAAGCUUUGAAAGUAUUUUGAUUUACCCAGAAAUCCAGCCCUGGUACUAGAGGACCGUGUUUGUUCUGCUUCUUCUUCUUCAUGUGUAUUUAUGGAGCCAUGCCUCAGUGAGAUAUAUUUAUGUACACUGGAAAGAAAUUCUAUAAAAUAAUGGAAAACUAA